AUGACGUUACUUGAGGUGUUAAGUGGCACGGUGACGGCAGAGGGGACGGUACCCGGGGGGUUCGUACCGGGCACUGUGGUGGGCAGGGGUGAGGUCGGGAUGGAAGGGACCGGGGCGGGCGAAAGGACCGGGAUUGGAGUACCUGUAGACGAGAGGAACAUGGAUUCCAUUAGGAAAACAAGCGAGGAAUACUUCAGAAGAGCAGGACGGCUAGUGACCUUCGACCUCGAUAAAAAGAAACGACUGAGUUGGAAGCCAAGACUCUCGAGUAAGAUUGGAGUAUCUGAAAGAAAAAGGAAAACGGGACCUGAUGCACAAGGGGCUGACGAGAGGUUGGAAGACGAGAUCCGGCUUGAGCCGAACCCAGUGGUGUGGGUCAAUAAGUCCAAAGCUGCCACGCAGUCCGAUCGCUUGUUAGUCUGGAAGCUCUGCCCGGGGGGGGCAACCGGGGCGUUCGUCGACCCCCCCGGCACUGCCAAAGUCGGGCUCGGACUUUCGAUUGCAAAGUCUGGCGCGGGCGUGGUUUGGGCGGCGGUUACCGUUGACCCUACAGAAGGUGCGGCGGAGCGAAUUAGUGCGGCGGGCGGAGUGACUGACGGGGUGGUUAGUAGCGGGUUAGUGACUGUGGUUGACAGCGUUGGUCUGGGUAAUGGAGGGUUAGCGAAACCCGUUUGGAAAAAGGGCAGUGGUGACCCGAUGGGUAGUUGGUUGAAGCUCAACGUGACGACUGGGACGGGCGAAGGAAUCAGUGGAGGAUUAGCAGAAGUGGUUAGCGGCGAAUUAGUAGGAGCGGUCAGUGAAGUAUCCGUAGAAGCGGGCAAAGCUAAAGUGCUUUCAGUUGGUGUCAGUAUUGGGAGACCGGUGAAGGUCGUUUGGACUAAUUUGGGUAGUGAUGACCCUGGUGGGUUCUCAGUAGAUAAAGUGGGUUUGGUUUGGGCAGUCGACAGCGUUGACGCAACUGGAGUUUGUGUGGGGUUAGAGACACUGCUUAAUAUUCGUAAUGACACCCAACCGGCGUAG